AUGUGUUGUUUUGAGUGAAGCUGGAGGAGAAGCUGGAGGAGAAGCUGUCCCUCUCCGUGUUCAGACAUGGCGCUGAACAAGAGCAGCUGGUUUUUGGUGUUUUUACUGAUAAAUAUCGACGCUCUCGUGUCCGCCGACGUGGACUUCACCGCUCCGGAGUCAGCGGACCGACCGGAACCGGCUCUGAGCGCCGCCGCUGCUGUGUUUAAGCCCGCCGUGGACUCGUUGUUCUCCCUCAACCUGCUGUCCUCCUUCCCAGAAGACCUGGAGAUCAGCGACUACUGCACCGAGCUGCUCAACAUCUUCGGCCAGCGGUACGUGGACUACGUGAAGUGCCUGGUUCCGGCUGCUCGGCCCGUCCGAGUGUGUCAGAACUGCUUCUCCAGCUACGGCAGCCUCGUGGACACCUACACGAACAUCUCAUCGGACCAGAUGGGUCCUGGUAACGUGAGCUGCAGGGACAGCCUUCUGCGCAGCGAUCGGCUCAUGCUGGUUUUCCAGCUGUACAGCAACCUGGACGAUCUGUGGACCAGGUCUCUCUGUAAACAGUGUCUCACUGACGGGCUCCACAACCUGUCCAACACAACGCUGUACUUCAUGACGCUGCUCAAUCAGACCAUCAGCUGCUUUGAUAAGUACAAACAGGGGAACCACACAGAGCUGUGCAAGAGCUGCAAGAACACAUACAGAGGCCUGAACGAGCUGUACGGUGGAAUGGAGAAGAACCACACUCUGUGUAUUGACAUAGAAGAUGCGAUGAACAUGACCCGCAGACUGUGGAGCAAGAACUUCAAUUGUUCCUUCCCUCGUGAGGAGACGGUGGCUGUCAUCGCCGUGUCCAGCUUCAUGGUCUUUCUGCCCAUCAUCUUCUACUUGAGCAGCUUCCUUCACUCCGAACAAAAGAAACGCAAGCUCAUACACCCCAAGCGAGCAAAGUCCUACAACAGUCUGAUGAACAUUCAGGACAAACUGAGCUGAGGAGGACCAGGAGGACCAGGAGGACCAGGAGGACCAGGAGGACCAGGAGGACCAGGAGGACGGCUUUC